AUGCGAGUCGGUGCUGACACUUUUGUGAAGGGCAAAGUCCCAGCCGCCUUGCUCUUCUGGAAGGUGGCGUAUGGCGAGACGGUGCCUUUUUCGAAUGGCUUGACUCUUGGCCAAGGCUACAACACGUAUCUGAACCACGGCUGCCGUCACAAUGCAGUCAAUAUCUCGUUGAAGCCCGACUCUGCGACCCCGCAGCUCCAGAUUGACUACCAGGCCAUCCAGAUCACCAAAUACGAGCAACUUGUUACUGUCCUCGAGACAAGCGCCGGUGCCGCUGUCAAGGCCGUUGUCGAGCCUGUCCCCGCCGUCGAGCCCGUCCCCCCCGUCACGCCGGGCGCCUCUGCCAGCACUACUGCCUCGUUCCUGGACAAGAGUUCGUUUGAAGCCAGCUUCCUGACCUACGUGGUCAAGGUCGACGUGCAGAAGCAGUCCACGUCCCAGGCUACCUACGCUCUCAACUGGGACAAUGCUCCUGAUUCCUCCGUCUACUGCGAUCGUUUCAUCAGCGACUUUACAAAGGGCGGUGCGCUUUUCGCCCGUGUCGACAUUAAAACGACCGACUCGUCCAAGCACAAGGCUCUGGAGCAAUCCGCCAAAGCCGCCUUCAGCGCAUUCGGGGCCAAUGUCGAGCUGACACAGUCCGUCAAGUCCAGCAUGACGGAAAUCGAAAAGUCAUCCGAGAUUUCUAUGCAGUUCGUCUACGUCGGCGCCCCCUCCGAUGCGCAACAGACUGUCAGCGGCAGCGGUAACGGUUCUGGCGACGCGUCGCAGCUGGCUCAGCUCAAGUCCAUCGCCGACAACUUCCUUGGCAAAGCAAAGGACAGCGAGUGGAAGCGCCACGCGAUUCUCCAACAAUAUGAGCACGUUCCCAACUGGAGCAACCAGUUCAAAGUCCCCGACUACACCGCCGCCAAGGAUUUCAGCUGGUCCGUUUUCAAGGACAGCAGCAGCUACAAGGCCAUGUUGAAGGCAGCUCAGCUGGUUUCUCCCGAGCACUGGGUUGGUGGUGCUUCGACCAAGAACCAGAUCCUCACCGUCAUUGGGCAGACGCUAUCCGAUAUUUCCGAAUGGGUGCGAGCUCCCAGCAGCGAAGAAAUCGGCAUUUUGGCUAAUAUUGUGGCAACAGGUAAAACGGGUCACCACGGACCCAGCCUCGGCGGCGACACGCCCGACCAUUACAGCCCCGGAAAAACGUCACUCACGACGACCAAGUACAUUGCUCAAUCCUUUGAAACGGCAAACCAUGUCAGCACCAACGUCAUUGAACCGUCGCUGCGGUCCGGCGCGACCAAGCUUUCCGACGUGGAGGCCUUUGGCUUUGGCACUGUUGCCGGCAGCGUCAAGGUCGCCUUUGGCCGCAGUCUUCAGGGGGAGUCGUACAUCUGCCUUCCCGAUCAGCCCAUGGCACCCGGCUUCAAGGCCGUUUCUGAGCUGUGGGGUAUGAAGAAGGCAACGGGCAGCUUCAACAAGCCGAUCCAUGUCCUGCCCGUUCCCCAGGCUGGUGUCAUUCGGCUCAGCACGGACCAGCAGGCCCCAGGCGGCACCUUGUUCACAUUCUAUACCAAAUAA